AGGGAGAGGCAGCAUUCCGCAUGGGUAAUAUUUUGCUUUUCAUCAGCUGCUUUCAUCCAGGCGGGUAGAGGCUCAUCUACCUCCGCGUCGCGCUCUUGUAUUCUCCUGGGGUUUGAUUAUAGGUCCUUUGUGGUUACCAAAUAUGGCUGCAGUUGUUACCAGACACAAGCAUUUCAGUCAAGAAUACCUCAAUACUGAGUCUAAAUGUACUGUUCGGGAAUACUCCAGCUCUGCGGCUGAAGAGGUGAAAUAUCAAUACCAAACACAGAAGAGAAUCAAGGGAGUGGUGGAGAGAAAGAUGCCUGAAAAAUACAUCCGUGAGGAGUCCAUGAUCAGGGGCCCCAAGUUUGUGGUUAGACUGAGGUCCCACACAGUGUUUGAAAACAGUGCCAUUAAACUUUUCUGCUCUGUGGAGGGAUAUCCCACCCCACAUGUCAAAUGGUUCAAGGAUGAUGUCAUCUUGGACGUUUCCUCUGGAAAGUACUUUGUGGAGAGCAACGCUGGAUUCCAUGCCCUCACCAUUUUAAAGUGUGCAACUGAUGACACUGCAAUGUACACGGCUGUAGCCUCAAACUUGCAUGGACAGGCUUCCUCCCAGGCCUCCAUCAUUGUGAAGAGGUGCAAGGAGGAAGAGAAGUCCUCUCCUUACUCCUGGAUGCCUUACCAGUAUGCCAUUUUACCUGAAAUCAAGUACACAAAGAUCAACAUCACCUUCACUGAAACGUUUGAUGUGACAUUUGGAAAAGAAGGCGAUAAGGCCACCUUGACCUGCAAGAUGACUAUUAACCCCAACCUGGCUAACCUGCAGCCUGAGGCGCUGUGGUACCGAGAUGAGCAUCUCCUGAAAGAGUCGAAGUGGGUGAAAAUGGAGUCUGGGGGAGGUGUUGCCAAGCUCACACUUACUCAACUCGCUAAGGAUGAUGAGGGUCUUUACACCCUCCGCAUGGUGACAAAGGGAGGUGAUGCGGUCCACAGGGCUUACGUCUACGUUGAUGAUGGUCCACCUCCAGUUCCUCAAGCUCCCGGAGCCCCAAUGGACAUCAAGAUCCAUGACGCUAAUAGAGAUUAUGUCAUUGUGUCCUGGAAACCUCCUAACACCACCACUGAAGGCCCCAUCAUUGGAUACUUUGUUGACAGAUGUGAAGUUGGAACAGAGAACUGGGUGCAGUGUAACGACUCCCCUGCUAAGAUCUGCAAAUAUCCUGUGCAGGGCCUGUUUGAGGGACACUCUUAUUACUUUCGUGUGCGUGCCGUCAACUCGCGUGGCAUUGGCAGACCCUCCAGAAUGUCUGAGCCCAUUGCUGCUCUGGACCCCACAGAGUUUGAGAGACUUCAUGCCACAAAACUUGGUGGGAGACUUGACGUUGUGACUUACUAUGAUGACCUUGAAGCUGAGGGAAAAGCUCCGGGACCUCCCUCUAAAGUCUGCGCUUCAGAGACGGACCGAACAUAUGUUGUGCUCAGUUGGGUCCCUCCAGUCUACCAUAGCAAAGCCCCCAUGUGGUAUUACAUUGAGAAGCUUCAAGUCGGAGCAGGAUCAUGGCAGAGAGUGAACACUAAAGUACCCAUCAGGUCACCUCGCUAUGCCGUCUUCGACCUGUUAGAAGGAAAAGACUACCUCUUCCGUGUGGUAUCCGCUAAUAUGUACGGCAUCAGCGAUCCUUCCGAGCCUACCAAUACCAUAACAACCCUGCAGCUGAAGGGUGUGCCCUCAGCUCCUGGACAAGUCGUUGCAACCAGGGAGACAGAUACCUCUGUUCUAAUUCAGUGGGCGCCUCCAAAGGAUCCCAAUAACCUGAUUGGAUAUUACAUUGAUUCUUGUGUGAAAGGAUCUAAGGACUGGACCUCAGCCAAUCACAAGCCCCAUAAGCAGACCAGGUUUGUUGUGCAUGGACUGACCACCGGUGAAACUUAUGUCUUCCGUGUACAAGCCAUCAACGAGCUGGGCCUCAGCGAAGAAUCCCAGGAAUCGGCCCCUCUUUCUGUGAGAGCUGCUCUUAAGUUGCCCUCUUCCCCUUAUGACAUCUCUCUUCUGUAUUGUGACGGGGAAUCCAUGGUGCUCAACUGGAAGCAGCCCAUCCAUUCUGGAGGAGCAGAGGUCACUGAUUAUUACAUUGACAAAUGCAACGUGGCCAAGAAGACGUGGAAGGAGGUCAACAUCCCACCCAUUAAGGAAAGACUGCACAAGGUUGGAGGUCUGACAGCUGGGUCAGUGUAUCAGUUUAGGAUCUAUGGAGCUAAUUUGGUUGGACUGGGUGGUGCCUCGACCCCUAGCGCGUCCUUCAAAUGUGAGGCUUGGACAAUGCCUGAGCCAGGUCCAGCUUAUGACCUGACCUUCACUGAGGUACGGGAUGAUUCUUUGGUGGUGGAGUGGAAGGCUCCUGUCUACAAUGGGGCUAGUGCCAUCACUGGAUACUUCAUUGAGAAGUCCAAGAAAGGCUCUGAUACCUGGAGCAAAGUCAACGAAAGCUCAGUCAACCACUGCUAUCUCAAGGUCAAAGGACUGGAGACAGGCGCAUCUUAUGUUUUCCGCGUACGGGCAGAGAAUGCCAAGGGCAUUGGCAUGGCUUCAACCCACUCUGACCCUGUGUGUGUCAAGGCGCUGCCAGGCACACAGGAAAUCAAGUGUGGCGUCAAUGAGGAAUCAGGUGACAUUUAUCUCUCUUUUGAGAGCUGCCAAAUGAUGGAGAGAUCACAGUUUGUGUGGAAGAAGUCCUACCAAGAAAUUACUGACUUCUCUAAGGGCAUCGUCGUCAAGACAUCAGGCAGCCACUCAACUUUGCUUUUUAAGAACCCAGACAAAGAGGAUUUGGGCACAUUCUCUGUAUCUGUUACACAUACUGAUGGUGUCUCGGCCAGCUACAAGAUCUCAGCAGAAGAGCUGGAGAAGAUGUUGGCCCUCAGCUAUGACAUACGCAACCCAAUUAUUCCUCUGAAGACUGAACUGGCCUAUAAGAUUCUAGAGAGAGGCCGUAUGCGCUUUUGGCUGCACGCUGAGGGCAUCUCCUCUUCUGUGACCUACAAAUUCUUUGCCAAUAACAAGGAGCUUGUCAACUGUGAGCAAACUAAAAUGAGUCAUGACGCAGCUACAGGCAUUAUUGAGAUGGUGAUGGAUCAUUUCACUGAAGACAGCGAGGGCACUUUCACCGUGCAGAUCCAAGAUGGCAGAGCUAAGGCCCAGUCCUCUCUGGUGCUGAUUGGAGAUGCCUUCAAGGCAGCGUUGGCUGAGGCGGACUACCAAAGGAGGGAGUACAUUCGUGUGAAAGAGGGCCCUCACUUUACGGAGUUCCUCUCCAUUCAAGUUGGGGAUAAUGCCUCUGUCACUCUUGUUUGCAAGGUGGCUAAUUUGAAGAAGGAGUCUGUGUUUCAGUGGUAUAAGGACAAUGUAGAGGUGAUUCCUGAGGUGCCUGCCGACUUAAACUCAGGAGUCUGCAAGUUCCCCCUAACUCAUUUCUCCAAGAAGGAUGUGGGACUAUAUAAAGCAACCAUCACCGAUGACAGAGGCCAAGAUGUGUCACAGAUUGAUGUUUCUGGCAAAGCUUUUGAUGACAUCAUUAAUGAGCUCAGUCAUAUCUCUGGAUCCAGUGCCUCCGAGUUGUCGAUUCAGUGCACUGCGGAAGGCAUUAUGCUUGAGUGCCAUAUGAAAUAUUACACUGAGGAGAUGAAGAUCCAUUGGAAACAAAAGGAAUCUAAAAUCACUGCAUCAGAAAGAAUGCGAAUUGGUGGCAACCCAGCAAUGGCAACUUUGGAGAUAGUCGAACCUACUGAUAAGGAUAAAGGGAUUUAUACUAUUGAGAUUGUGGAUCCCGAGAAGACACACACUCGUACCCUGGACCUCUCUGGACAACUCUACGACAACGCCUACGCAGAAUUUCAGAGACUCAAAGCGGAAGCAUAUGCUGAAAAGAAUCGUGGCAAAGUGGUUGGUGGUCUUCCUGAUGUUGUGACUAUCAUGGAAAAGAAGACUCUGAGUCUGACCUGCACAGUCUGCGGUGACCCCAAACCUCUGGUCAGCUGGUCUAAGAACGAUCAUGAUGUAGAACCCAGCGAUCAGUACGUCAUUGCCAUGGACUCAGGCAAGUUCGCCAGCCUCACCAUCAAAGGCGUGUCCCUGGAGGACUCCGGCAAGUACACCAUGACGGUGCAAAACAAGUUUGGUGGCGAGUCUGUGGACAUCGUCGUCAGCGUGUACAAACACGGCGACAAGAUUCCAGAAAUCAAACCCACACCCACGCCCAAGAGGAUCAUGCCUCCCACAGGUCCGAUUGUAAUUCCCACCACCAAGGCUGCCACCCCCGCCCCUGCUGCGGGCAAGUCUCCGGCUCCUACCCAAAAUGCCAAAUCCACCACACCGCCCCGUGGCAUGAAGUCCCCCACUCCCACCAGGAAGAAGUAGAGGCAUAGCUCUUUCCUCUCAUUUGCCCCAACCGCACAAAGACGACUAGAUUUACAUUUCCAGUAAGAAAUAUCAGUGUUUGCAAGGCAGCAAAAGAAGUUUCGGUUUAGGUUUUGGCUUGGUGUAAACAAAAUACCGCCAUCAUGCCAGUCAGCACACAUCUUCUUUUCUUUCAGCUGUACACAGAAAUCAACAUAGUUCAGUAAAGGUGAUGUAAUUUUUAUGAUGUUAAAAUUAUUUCAGUCAGCGUAAUAUGCACAGACAAGUAUCGUUCAUAGGUUGAUUACCCUAAAAAGUGUAAAAACAUAAGCUGCAUUGCGUACCGUCUGUAGAUAUUGUCACAUGACCUACCAGCGCCAUUUGUGUCGCUUUAUUGUCAUUUACAAAUCUUCUCUUAUUUCUUUACAGGGUAGUAAAGUGUCCAUUGAAUGCACACUUAAGUAUCUCAGCAGAAUUAAUAGGACAUCUGUGUACUUUUCAACUACUGUUUUUUGAAUACUAUGAAUACGGACAUACCACUAUUUUGGCAUACAUUGCAUCGUAUGGAAGUAGGCAUAUUCGGAAGUAACGUUUGACUCAGUGUUGCUGUUUGUUUGAGCAUCCGACGCAGCAACUUGGGCACAACCAAUGGUGUGAGUUUAGGGCGGGGGUAUUUGUUUGUCUUACCAAUAGAAGAUGGGAGGAGUGUUCAGGAAACCCGUUCAAAAAUUAUUCAGUUUGGUGACGCUAAUGACGCAGAAUUUACACUCUUUAAAUACAGCAAGGAAGACAAGACCAACUGGAAUUCAGUAAUAAGACUUUGUUAGAAAUUGGCUGAACAUUUUCUACAAAACAUUUAUAUGAUAACAAAUUGCAGAAAUGUAAUACUUAGGUUUGAGUGGUUUAGGCAUCCUAUUGUAAUUGAAAGUAUGAAGGACUAAAUUGUUAAUAUUAUUAACUUUAAGCUAGCAUUAGAAGAUGGCAACAUUAUAUUAAAAUAGAUGGAAAUGGACAUGCACAGUUAGGGGUGAAUUCAGGUUGACUUUUUCAAUGGCGUUUUGCCAUUGAGAUGACUGGGGAAAAAAGUGUCCCAAUCAACCUGAAUUCAACCCUACAUAUCCAAAAUUGAUCAAGACCAACAAAUAAUAAUAAAUAAAUAAAUAAAUCUGUCAUAUCAACACAUAUAUUGUGCAUCCCUCAAACCCUAGCCAGAAUAUUUGAAGAAUAUCAACAUUAUGCUGCCUUGCAAACACUGUAAUUGAAUUAUAGUGCACAAAUAAUAAAAGUACAUUUGAAAAGUAGUAUUUGUCACCUAAAAUGCAUCAUGAUGUCAAAAAAUGAGCAAGCAUCUAGUAUGAAAAGAGAGUAGGAAGUAUGUGUGAAGGAGGGUUGGGCAAGUUAUAUUUAGUGCCACGAGAAAAUGUGUGAAACAGUUUGUCAUCUGGGUUGCCUAAGCUGAGUGGGCCCCUAAUGAAUUUGGCUCCCUCUCCCCUGAGGUGCUUGGGGGAAAAGCUUUGAUGUUAGUUUAUUAAAUCUCUGUUUAAAGGCUGUUCUUUCAGUUAGCCACUGGAAUCCAGAGUCUUUUUUUUUUUUGCUUUCUCUGGUGGAUGGAUGGCCUGAGAGUGCAGGACCUCCACUUAGCCCCCAGCGGUGGCCACGAGCCCAUCAGCGCUCCUCUCAACCUCGUCUCACGUCCUCGCCUUUUUCUCCUGGUUUUGUGUUAAUAAAAGAGUUGGAAAUCA